GGAGAAGUUCAAAACAGCUUCGACAUAAGAGAAUUUGUUACUUUAUAUAUAUAUUAUUUAAAUAGAGUAACAUAAGUCAUAUAAAUCAAGUGAAAAUAAAUGUAACUACAUAUUAAUAAUACAAAAGUGUCCGAUGUAUACAAUGCAGCAUGGCAUUCAUGGCAUUAACUUAAGUACAGUAGAUGGCAGUGAUAGUACUGGAUAGUACUUGCCAUCACUUAUUUUACAUGUGCGUCUACCUAAAUUUCUUCUAAACAGAUUCUUGAUUGUUCUUGAUGCGCAACAGUAUAAAACGCGAUAAUCUUUAUAUUUAACGUAAAAGAUUGGGGUUUUCAAUCUCAUACACAAAUUGUAGGCACGUAAUGCAUAGUACGCAUUGAUAUUUGAAAAUACAGUGAUUAAGCGAAGAUGUCAUCAGAAACUUACGAUGCUAAUUAUGACAGAGAACACCCACGAAAUCUAAUUCCAGAACUGUGCCGACAAUUUUAUCAUCUUGGAUGGGUGACUGGUACUGGUGGUGGUAUCUCCAUAAAACAUGAAGAUAAGAUCUACAUAGCUCCUUCUGGUGUUCAAAAGGAGCGUAUGGUGCCGAACGAUUUAUUUGUGCAAGAUAUUAAUGGAACAGAUCUGGAAUUGCCUUCGCCUGAAAAGAAACUGAAGAAGUCACAGUGCACUCCACUAUUUAUGUGCGCGUAUCGAAGACGGCAUGCAGGUGCUGUAAUUCAUACGCACUCGAAGAUCGCUGUGAUGGCAACGCUAUUGUGGCCUGGAAAUGAAAUCAAACUCACCCAUCUUGAGAUGAUAAAAGGAAUAUGGAAUCCAAUGAAACGUAAAGCGUAUCGUUACGACGACGAACUGGUAAUACCAAUCAUAGAAAAUACUCCUUUUGAAAGCGAAUUAAAGGCCGAUCUAGAUGCCACCAUUAUUAAUUAUCCUAAUAGUUGCGCCGUAUUGGUGCGUAGGCAUGGAAUUUAUGUGUGGGGCGAUUCUUGGCAACAAGCAAAAACUAUGACGGAAUGUUACGAUUAUUUGCUUGAUAUCGCAAUUCAAAUGAAAAAUUGUGGAUUAGAUCCGUCGGCAGUUCCAAGGACGAACUACUAAGCAAAAAUGGAAUAGUCAGUAAUUUCUACACAAGAUUAAUUUUUCUGCCAUACUUUUGUGCCAUCGUGCUACAAUUCUAUAUAUUUUUAAGCAAUGUAUAUUUUUCAAUAUUAUUAAAAUAAAAAACAACAAGCAUUAAAGAAAA